CCACAACCAUAUUGUAGUCUUCAGCUGUGUGGCUUCAGAGGCGCAAACACGAAUUGACACAGAAAGAAUAUCGGUAGUGCAUAGAAUUUUUAAUUUUGAUUAAUAAAUUAAAUUUUAAAAAGCUUUAAAACAUGGCCGAUGAAGCUGCACCACCCGCUGAAGCUCCAGCGGCGCCCGCCGAGGGUGAGGCUCCACCACCCGCCGAAGGCGAAGCUGCCCCACCAGCUGAACCCGUCAAGAACACCUACACUCUAUUCUACUUCAAUGUCAAGGCAUUGGCUGAGCCAUUGCGUUAUCUCUUCGCCUAUGGCGGCAUUGAGUACGAGGAUGUGCGUGUAACACGUGACGAAUGGCCAGCCCUGAAACCAACUAUGCCUAUGGGUCAAAUGCCCGUUUUGGAAGUUAAUGGCAAGCGCGUUCACCAGAGCAUUUCCAUGGCACGUUUCCUGGCGAAAACUGUUGGCUUGUGCGGUGCCACACCCUGGGAAGAUCUACAGAUUGAUAUUGUUGUCGAUACCAUCAAUGAUUUCCGCCUAAAAAUUGCAGUCGUCUCCUACGAACCCGAGGAUGAUAUCAAGGAAAAGAAAUUGGUCACCCUUAACAAUGAAGUCAUUCCAUUCUAUUUGGAGAAAUUGGAACAAACUGUCAAGGACAACGAUGGUCAUUUGGCAUUGAAUAAGUUGACCUGGGCCGAUGUCUACUUUGCAGGCAUUUUGGAUUACAUGAACUACAUGGUGAAGCGUGACAUUUUGGAACAAUACCCCGCCUUGCGUGGUGUUGUCGAUUCCAUCAAUGCCUUGGAACCCAUUAAGGCCUGGAUCGAAAAGAGGCCACAAACUGAAGUUUAAGACAAAUUCCUCCAAUUCGCCAACCGCGAACAACAAUUAGAACACCAGAAGAGCACGAUAUAUAUUUUUUUGUAUACAGAGAAGAAAAAAAACCACAACAUAGAAACAAAAAUCUAUUGAAAAAAAUCGAUAAAAAAAACAGCAACAACAUCAAUUAUACAACAACAACUGUAUUGUUUUACAUUUAACAUUUUGUUCCUUUCUUUUUUUUUGUAAUAAUAUGAGAUAAUAAUAAUAAUGAAACAUACAUCAAUAUAAUAUCAACAAUAAUACUUACAUACAGACAUAUUAAUAAUAAACUUAAAUAUAUACAUAUAUAUAUAAAAGAAAAAAAAACUAACAACAAUUUUUUGUUAACAAUUUUAUGUUUUUUUUUAUUUAAUUUCUAAUAAUUUUAUAAUGGCAUGGAAUUCUAUAACUGGAAUGAAGUUCGAAAAACAAACAAACACUCUUAUACAUAUACAUGUGUUUAGUAGUAGAAAAAUAAUUUGUUAAACAUUUUUGUGUGACGGACUAAAAUUUCCUUGUUAAUGGGGCAACAAGGAUUUGGUUCAAUUCGUAUAUGUCUGUCUAGUUUUUUUUGUUUUUGUAUGUGGACCUUAUGGAUAACACCGACCUUAAAGCAAUGACAUAAAGGCUUAACGAUUUCGACUGCUAACGAAGCCCAUGGCUGUUUGGGUAAUUACAAAAGCCAUGGGUUGUUUGAUUAUUUGAUUAGUUUUUGUUGGUAGCUCUAGACUUUAACUUGCUGUAGUUUGUAGAUUUGCAUGAUGCCAAACGCUAUUUUCUUACAACCCACAUUCACUUACUCUAGCCACUAGAUACCAAACAAAACACCUUUACUAUGUUAAUUCUAGAUGUAAGCAAGCAGACUUGAAGCUUUUUGUUCUUUUUAGGUAUAAACAGGCUUUAGUUUUAUAAGAUUAAAACAUAAAUUUAGUUAAUAAACAUUUAUAUUUACAUUAUUCAAAUAACACGAUAACUUAGCAAAGCCACCACAGCCAGCUAAAAACUCGAACUCACCACACUCCCCACUGCUCUCAGAGCGCACACAACAACAGCAUAGAGGAAAGUAACCAACACACACACAGUAGCUAAACCUCUACCAUCUUUUUGAUGUGUUGUUCACCUCAACAACCAAGGGCAUUAGUAAAGGGGGCGGUGGUGUUGGUGUAAAUAAACAACAGCACAAUACACACCACCACCCCAAGAACAACUGAUAACAAACUCAACUUUAUUCCCGAAGAGCAUUGAGUAUAAAAAAGACUCAAAACUACACUUUGGUCUUAAUGUAUUUCAAAAUUAAUAUUUUGCAACUAACUUCUAACCACCACCAACAACAACAACAACACUACUUACACUCAACUACAACUCCUGUCGGUACAAAAACAGUAGACCAACAACAUUCAACACUAUAACAAACAGUAUCCCCCACAGGACAAACAGACUCACCCACCUAUCUAUCAAUCGGUUUUCUACAUCUCUUUAUCGAUUGGCUAAAAACCAAACAAUUACAGAUUUGCAUUAAUUUUUGUUUUCAAAACAUUUUGGUCAUCAAAUUUGAAACUAAAAAUGCUUGAAUCAAGUAAUUAAAAAUUUGUAAUUGCAAUUGUAUUUUUAUACGGAGAAAUUUUGUUAUUUUAUUCUAAAAGACAAUUUUUAAUAAAAAUACAACAAAAAUUUAUGAGCAUAA